AUGACCACCAAAGCCCUUAAUACAACUGAGGACGACAGCUCUGCUGGAUGGACUCUGAGGAGAAACACAAGCAAACGACAGAGGACUCAGUGUGGAGAUGAGUGGGGGAAACCAGCUGGUUCCUCAUGUAACAUCAGCUACAUCUACACCGCUGACAGUGGAGUUUACUGGUGUGAGUCCAGAGAGGGUGCCAUCAGUAACAUGGUUAACCUCACAGUCUCUGGUGGAUCAGUGAUCCUGCAGAGUCCUGUCCUCCCUGUGAUGGAGGGAGAUGACGUCACUCUGCUCUGUCAAACAAAGACCACUCCCUCCAACCUCCCAGCUGCUUUCUAUAAAGAUGGCUCCCUCAUCAGGAAGCAGCCUACAGGUCACAUGACCAUCCAGCAUGUUUCCAGGUCUGAUGAAGGCCUCUACAAGUGUGACAUCAGUGGUCAUGGAGAGUCUCCAUCCAGCUGGAUCACUGUCACAGAGAGACACACCACCACACCUCCACCUACAUCCACACCUCCACCUACAUCCACCCCUCUUCCUCCAUCACUCUCCUCUCCUGUUCUCUCUGUAAUGUCGUUUCUUAAAUCAGUCUGUAUCGGGGUCCUGCUGGUGUUACUGGUUCAGCUGGUGAGACGUGUUUGUAGGAAACCUGAAGCUGAUGGGGGAGAAGUUGGAGAGAUGACAUCAAAAUCUCAAAUCAUCAGCAGCCAAUCAGAGGAAGCAGAGACUUUAAACCAGAGCCAGACGUCAUCGACUCCUCACUGAAGCUCCACCAGUCCAACCACUGGAAUCCAGC